AUAAGACAGUUGGGGGAUUGGUUAAGGAAAAGAUCUCGUUGCACCCCGGAUAAGAAAAAACAAAUCAUCCUGAGGAACAUAUAUAAAAUGUCCGUCGCGGACUUGGAGAAUAUACGCGGCGAUGAACCUAUGACGUUAGACGGACAAAACAAUUCGGAUAACUAUGCAAUGGGAGGGCCACCGCGUACGCCGGUCCAUGAUGCGGCUGCGGAGCUGAAUGCCAGCUUGGAUAUUAGCGGAUCUACCGAGUCUGACCCGACAGAAAGGUCCGAGAAGUCUAUCGAAAAUAGGGACUCUGGUGAUGAAUUUGGCGGGAACGCAGAAACUCGAGUGCCGCGCGCCCCACGAAGUGACGACAGCCCCGUGUCUGUCGACAUGACGACGAUUGGGCAGCCACCUAAGCGAAGGCGCAUAGACUCGCAGUCUAGCAGUGACAGCAGCAGUGCCUCCUCUAGCAGCGGUGAGCAAAGUGAAUCAGGAACAUCGCAUUCUGAAGAGGGCAGCGAGGACGACGGAACCGAGGAGGGCACUGAUGAGCAAUCGCCUAAUACUGUAGUGAAUUUGGGCGAAAGCAGCGCCCCUGAUGAGUUAAGCAAACAUGCUUCUGGCACCUCGGAAGCUGUAGGUUCAGUUGAAACGGAAGAGGAAGCACAUAUGGAAGAAUAUUGCGGAGGUGAUCCUGAUAUUGACGAAGAUCCCGCCCUAUCGAAUGUUCCCGAAACACCCCAAUCGCCAACCGAUGAUGGUGAGGAUCUGGACCUUCCUACAUUUAUGCACGCACGAUAUGUAUCUAAUAAGUCAGAGGAGCACUUAGACGGCAGCCGGCCAAAGUCGCAGACGAUUGUUAAUAAGCAGGAGCAGCAACAGGACCAGCCAGAAAUCGAACAAAUUGAUAGUAGUAGUGAAGAAGAGCCUGACGAUGAGGAAGAUGAUAACGAAGAGGAAGGCAAUAAUAAAGAGGAGAAUAUACCCCCAGUCAAGCACACUUUUGUGCUCACCCCACGGGAUCCACGCCAAAGGGUACGACAGCAGCCGCCAUCACCGCCGCCACCACCGGCGCCCGUAAGGAAUGAGCUUAACGAGGAGAUUGAGAGCAUUUCAAGUACAAGUGACGAAGGCAGUAGUACCGAUGAAGACGACAACGAGCUGGACAGCACUUCAAGAGAAACCAUCACAGCAACGGAGACGACAGAUGCCGAGGGUGACGCGCCGUUGCAGCAAAUCGAUAUCAACGAAAACCCGGAAAAGAUAUACUACAUUCGUCGCACAGACGGCACCGUGCAUCCUGCUCACGUGCUCCAACAACGCUCAACCGACAAUUCUUCUGUACCAAAUGAGUAUUACGUGCACUAUGUUGGUCUUAAUCGUCGCCUGGACGAAUGGGUUAAACGUCAUCGAAUUUCGGACAAUCCUGAUGAUUUGGGUGGAAUCACCGCACCUACCCAGCCCGGCACUAGUCAAGCUGCCGUCGUAGAGCGACACAAGCGUCAGCCUUACAAGGAUUACUUUUUAACGGCGAACGAGAAUCAGCGCUAUGACUAUAGUGAUCGCAAAAUGACACGAUACCAGAAGCGACGCUACGACGAGAUUAAUCAUGUCCAAAAAAGCUAUGCGGAGCUGAGCGCCUUACAGGCGGCAGUGGAGAAGGAGCAUCAGUCCAUCACCAAAAUCAAAUAUAUUGAUAAGCUGCAGUUUGGAAAGUAUGAAAUCGUUACUUGGUACUUCAGCCCCUUUCCUGGUGAGUAUCGUAAUGCGCAAACCCUUUAUGUUUGCGAGUAUUGUCUGAAGUACAUGAGGCUAGAAAAGAGCUAUCGCUACCACUUGCAACAAUGCACACGUCGCCAUCCACCUGGACGUGAAAUUUAUCGUAAAGACACAAUUUCCAUAUACGAAGUGAAUGGCAAGGAUGAUGCUCUUUAUUGUCAGCUGCUUUGCUUGAUGGCGAAAUUGUUUUUGGAUCACAAGGCUCUCUACUUCGACAUGGAUCCAUUCCUAUUCUAUAUACUCUGCGAGAUUGACAAGGAGGGCAGUCACAUUGUGGGCUACUUUUCCAAGGAGAAAGUGUCCUUAGACAAUUACAAUGUGGCAUGUAUUUUAGUUCUUCCACCACAUCAAAGAAAGGGCUAUGGAAAGCUCUUAAUCGCAUUCAGUUAUGAAUUGUCGCGCAAGGAGGGUGUAAUUGGAAGCCCUGAACAACCGCUUUCGGAUCUUGGCCGGCUGAGCUAUCGCAGCUACUGGGGCUACACAUUGCUGGAGCUAAUGAAGGAGUGUCGCUCGUCAUCUCAGAGCAUUAAAGAACUUAGUGAACUCAGUGGCAUGACAACCGACGACAUCAUCUAUACGCUUCAGUCGAUGAAAAUGAUUAAAUAUUGGAAAGGUCAGCACGUAAUCUGCGUGACGCCCAAGACCAUUAAUGAUCUGCUUCAGUUACCACAAUAUAAACGACCUAAGUUGACAAUAGAUCUGGAUUGUUUGGACUGGAGACCCCAUAAUACGGUUCAUCCAAGGCUGGGCCUUCCACCACCCCAGUAAUACCUUUAAAGUCAUUUUCGAACAUAAGUGUCUAGUGUAAUAUUUUUUUUCUAUUUUUUUUUGCAUAAAUUAUAAUGUUAUAAUAUACCAUAUAUAUGUAUAAAUGUAUAACUACUGUACGUUUGAUUUUGAAUACAAUGUAAUUGUUUGA